AUGGAAAAGAAAGAGCGCAUCCCCCUGCCAGCCCGCGUUAAGGCCCUCUUUUACGAGAUCAGACUCCAUCCUGAUUUCGACGAGGAGAAAUUCGAAGGCCUUGUCACGAUCAGCUGCACCGUGAUUGGCACCUGCUCAUCUCUUGAAUUGCAUUCCAAAUCAAUCAAGGUAAAUCGAGCAGAGGCCAAGUUCAAUCAAGGUUCCUGGUACCUUUCGAAUAAACUGAGCUACAACGAGGCACGCGACACUUUGACAAUCGAACUCCCCCACGAGAUCUCCCCAGAGAAUUCAAACGAAUUUCAAAUCAUCCUUUCCUACACCGGCACUUUUCGCGACGAUUCGAAUGGCCUCUACCAGGCGAGCUAUGAGACACACGAUGGUGUGAAGCAUCGAAUUGCGGUCACAGCGUUGGAGCCGACAUACGCGAGAGAGGUCUUCCCCCAUUUUAGCGAAGCUCUCACGGAAGCCAAGUUCACCCUUUCCGUCGUGGUACCCAAGUCUUUUGUCACCGUUUCGAAUAUGCCUGUGUCAACUAUUGUGACCUAUAAGCAUUCUUCUGAGAAGAUGGUAACCUUUCGAAGGAGCGUUUCGAUGCCGACAUAUCAUCUCUGUCUAGUAGCCGGGCCCCUGGCCGAGGUGAAAUGCACCAACAUCAGGAUCCCCAUGUCUGUCUUUUGUCCUCUCGGCACUCAAGAGCAGGCUACCUUUGCAGUGGACCUCGCGGCCAAAGGCUUUCAGUUCUUCGAAGACUGCUUCGACCUAGAAUACCCGCUCCCAAAGCUCGAUUUGAUCGCCGUUCCAGAAUUCUCCGCGGACACGCAGACUUGGGGAGCGAUCAUCUCCAGCACUCCAAACCUUUUGCUCGACUCAGAAGGCUCUACUUUGGAUGAGAAGAAGAGAGUCGCAGAGGCAAUUCUCCGCGAGAUCUCUUCCAUGUGGUUUGGGAACCUGGUUAGAAUGAGAGAUCGGGAUGCCCUGUGGAUCCAGGAAGGUUUUGCUACUUUGAUGGCGUGGUACGCUGCAGACAAGAUGUUUCCAAGCUGGCAUUUCUGGGAUUCCUACGUCGCCAAUACCCUACAGGAAGCGCUCCGCCAAGACUCCCUUGACAGCAGUCAUGCGAUCGUCAAUGCGGAGUCGCUCUAUGACGAGAUCUUUUUCCAGAAGGGCCCGUGUAUCCUUGGGAUGAUUUUAAACAAUCUGGGCGACACCAAAUUCUUCGACGGCGUGAAGCUGUAUCUCAGACGUCACAAGUUCCAGCGCACCAGGCCUAAUCACCUUUGGAAGGCCUGGGAGGAGGUGACCAGCGAACCUAUGGCAGCGAGCAUGAGUGUCUGGACCAAGGAGGCCGGUUUCCCAGUCGUUCGAGUGUCUGAGCUUCUCGACGAGAGUGGCAGUGUCGCAGGUGUUCGACUCUUCCAGCAACGCUUCUUGAGCAAUGGUGUGGCAAGGGAAGAGGAUGCGGCAUCUGAUACAAUCUAUCCACUCAAAAUUGCAAUUCGGCAAAGACACGGAGUUGAAACAGUUGACAUGAAUAAAAGGGAGCUAGUUCUUCCUCCCUCUGACGGUCUAUUCAAAGUCAACGCGGACCAUGGGAGCUUCUUCCGAACCUAUUACCCACCCGAACUUCUCACUCGUCUACUCGAGGAGGCGUCAAAGCGAAAUCUCAGCCUGCGCGACUGCAUCGGAUUAUCGUGCGACCUGGAAGCUUUGGUUGCCGUAGGAGUGAGUAGGACCAGCGAACUGCUCGAUCUCAACAUCAAAUUCUCUAAACUAGACUCGUUUUAUGUUUGGGACAUGAUCAACCGCAACCUCAGUUCCAUUCAGUCUGUCUACAAAUUCCACGGGCCUGAGAUAAAUGAGGCUCUUCGGAAACUAACUAGGGAGGUGAUCGGUCCAAAGGCUGAGGAACUUGGGUGGACCAUGUCAAAGGAUGAUGACGAGAACCUCAUCAGGUUCAAGACAUCAAUGUUCAGCGGUGCGGGUCUUGCAGGAUACCCCAGUGUUGUCUCAGCCGCAAAGGAACUCUUUGCAAAACGCACGGCUGGCGACGAAAAUGCGAUCCCAGGGUCACUGCGGCGGGAGGCCUUUGGAAUCAUCGCAGCCCACGGCGGUCUUGAAGAACUCCAAAGCCUCUUGGAUCUCUGGAAAGAUUCAUCCGAUGAGGACGAACAGUAUCUUGCCUUGCAAAGUCUCGGACGGGCACCCAAUGCUGAGCUUAUGAAAUGGGUCCUCAGCCACCUGCUAACCGACACUAUGUUCUACCUCACUUGGCUGAUUCGCGAUACGGCUCAUGGCGCGUUCGAGCUUUGGGAAUGGACCAAGCAGAACUGGGAGAGGGUUGAGAAGGAGGAUCCGGUUGACAUCGCACCCGAGUUCCUGGGACUUGUUCUUGAAGGUCUGCAUACUAAGGAUCAAAUUGAGGACGUGAGAGCAUUCUUUGGCGGGCGCGAUACGAAGAUUGCGAUUGAGCAGAACUUGGAGGCCAUGGAGAACCGGAGAUCGUGGGCUGAACGUGACAUCUCCGACGUUCGUUCAUGGUUGGAGAGUCAUGGGUAUCUUCUUCACCUCUUCGCAUCUUCGCAUCUCCACCUCACCCCCGAGCCUCAUCAAUCGAACCGAAGGCUCGCAACGAUGCCGCCUCAGCCUCACCCCUUUCUAUUGCACUUGGUGCAAUCUGGAGAGUUCAGUGACUUCACUCUCGUUUGCAAGGAUCGCGAGUUCAAGCUUCAUCAGGUGAUUGUUUGCCCUCAGUCGCCCGUCAUCAGCGCUGCACUUCACAGCGGUUUUGCGGAAGCAACUUCAAAGACCGUCACUGUCAACGAGUUCGAUGUCGCGACUGUUCAGAGUAUGGUCGACUUCCUCUACACCGGAGACUACGGACUCGCGCCCGAAAGCGAGAAGGCUGUUGAGGUCAAAGGCGAUGACAAAAAAAGGGACGACGGCGAUGGGAAGAGCGAAGAUGGCAGUGAAGACGGCGAAGAUAGCGAACGCAACGAAGCCGGCAAUGAUGAGAACGACCCUAGCGGAGAUCAUCGUGACGACGAUGACAGAAUGUCAGAAGAUUCUUCCGCGGAGAUCCUCUCCCACCUUCGCGUCAACGCGAUCGCGGACUACUACAAUAUCGAAAAGCUGGGUAAGCUUUCGACCUCAAAGAUCUCGGCCAUUCUCUUGGGCGAUUUCGACUUCAUGAUCAUUCCUCAAGCCAUACAGGAGAUGUCCAUCUCAAACAGAGAUGCAGAUCUCCGCUCGGUCAUCGCCAAGGCUACGGCCAAGUACAUCGAGGAACUGACGUCGGCAAAAGUCCUUCCAACCAUCGACCUCGAACACGAACUCGCUAUCGAGAUACUCGAGGCUUGCGGUCGGCGGAUUCAACAGCUCGUGGAAGACUUGCGCUUUGUCAGAGGACUGAAGGAGUCCUUCAAACAGGCUUCAGCUGUUCAGCGGCGACAAAAGGAAAUCACUAUCCGCAAGGUCAAAUCUAUGAUUGCGCUAUUGGAAAAAACCAGGAAGUGCCGUUUUUGCCUCAGAGAUUUCGGAUGCUUUAUUCGGGGGCCCACUGGCCCUGUCAACGAUGGCAAUCCUUACGUGCUUCAGUGCGCAGGAUGUCAUAUGGCUAGCAUGGCCAAGCAGCUCGAUCAAAUGUGUGGCGAGCGCCAGGCUUGA